AUGUCCACAGAAGCUCUGCCUAUUACCCCAGGCGCAUUUGCAGAAGCGAUCCAAGAGCUCCCCCUCGCUGUUCUAUACAGCAAGGUCUCAGAGCUUACAAACUCCAUCGCCCACCUGCACCGCUCAAACGCCGAGCUCCGCGCUUACUUGGCCGAAACGAAUGAUUCGGAGGAGGACAAAAAAGAGAUUGAGCAAUAUGUGACGGAAAAUGAGGAUGUUGCAGUCUCUAUGAACGAACGCAUUGCCCUGUUGAAGACGGAGGUGGAAAAUCGAGGCCAGCCGUGGAUCGAGCUUGAGGACCUCAAGAAGGUUGAUGACGAUGUUCCGAAUGGGGAUGGUGGCGGAGCUGCGCAUGCUACAGAAACUACCGGUGAAGGUGGCAAUGCAGACAGCCAAGACGGUAUCUAUCUUUGA